ACUUGGUUCCACCUGAGAGGAAACAUGGCGAAAAGAUCAGAUUUUGCGCAGAAGCUUUUAGAUGAUCUCCGGGUGCGGAAGGAACGAAUGUCUGCAUCUCAAAGCUCAAAAAGUUCAAAGCCAACAACAGCAGAUGCAUAUUCUUAUUCCAAGCAAGCUUAUAGAGGAUCAAGAGAAAUGAAAACGCAUCAAACUACUGCUUUAAUAAACGGAAGUACAUGCCAUAAGUCUACAGGAGGCAAUAGGUCAUUCUCCAUUGGAGAAGCUUCAAAACAGAUUGUUCCUUUUGGGAGAGGUAGAAGCUCAGAACAAAUUGGAGAUCUUUCCAUGGCACUGGCUUUUGCUCUUGAGAAUGGAGGAAAACUCAGAAGAAUGGAUUCGUCUGGCAAUAGUUCUGUGCUGGGUUUCCUGAAUCAGAUUGGCAGAAGAUCAGUGGACAUGGCCAAGAUAGAAAGAAGCAGCAUUGAUAGGCACAGCUCAGCAACUAGCCGCUUCCCUACCCUUUCUCAUCUCCAUAUCAAAGAAAUAUCUAAAGGGGCACAAAAAUUAAAUCAGAUCCUGAAAGCCUGUUCUAAUGGUGUUAACUUUGAUAGAUAUUCAAUAGAAAUUGGUAGGGAACUAUUGAAGGGAGCCAUGGAUUUAGAAGAGUCCCUUCGGAUGCUAGUAAACCUGCAAGAAGCUUCAGAGUACAUGAUCAGCCCACAAAGCAAAACUCGGAUCACGUUGCUUGAUGAUGAUGAAGAUGGCAAUGAUAUCAUUGUCAAAACAGAUGAGAAUAAGCAACUUGCUCGGCCAAUCUUCUCCUUUGACAAGCCUUCAAGGAAUUCUCAUUACAUCCACGAAGCUGCAAGAACUGAUCUCAAGCAAAGGCUAAUGGCCCUGACUUACAAAUCAGAAACUACAAACUUUGGCCAUGAUAAUCACACUUUACGCACCUUAAAUUCUCAGAGGCGAUCAGCUAGCCACAACCCCAAUGUUAAAAAUCUAAUGGCAUUCUCAGAGCAUAAAAAGCAUUCAAGUCCAUCAAUAUUGAAACCAGAAAAUGGGAGAAUUCCAAAUGUAAUUGCAAAAUUAAUGGGGUUGGAGGAACUUCCAGAAAAUGAUGAUUCAAAGUAUAUCACAAAGAAAGAGUCCAGUUCCAAGGGAAAAACUGAGCGGAUAGUUGCAAAGAAAACUGCAGAGGUUACCCAUGAACGGAAGACAAAAGAUGCUGGGACUUUGGGGUCAGAUAUCAGAAAACAUAAACAGAUGCAACCCAACCAAAUUCAAUUGACCCAGGACACAACACAUAGCUUGCAUGCAGAAAGGAAUCUAGCAAGUCAACAUGCUAGCUUUGAAGGGACUUCUCAUCAUGGAAAAUUACUGCAGAAGGAUGUGGAAGGGAUAAAACCAAUGAGAAGCUCAAACAAGGUCAACAUGAAAAUAGGCAAGCAUCAGAGCAACAUUGACCAACCAAGCCAAAGAAUAGGAAGUCGCAAGGAUAUUCAGGAGAAAGAGAGGAAACAGGAUAAUCCAAAGCUGAGAGAACAGAAAGGCAAAGAAAAAGGUGAAACUAAGGAACUAAAGCAACAGCUACAGCAGAUGACACAUCAGACACUAAAUGGAUCUGAAGCUGCAAUUGUGCUGCAAGGGCAAGCAGAAUGCAAUUUGACCAUGCUUAAAACAGAAAUGAGAGAUGCACAUAUGCUGCUAUCCAACAAUCAAGCAAAGUCUGCCAACAAUCUUGCAUUCCAACAGCAGCAAAUGCUCCAAAAUUUUGAGUCAUUGGACAUAAAGCAUCACGCAGUAGAUAAUGAGCAUCAGAACAUUAAACAGAAGAUACAAGUGAGAAGGCAAAUAAGAAGUGAAUCCAGGAGCUUGCCAAAAAAGUAUCCACACACAAGCCAAGCAAUAACUAAUAAUGGAAGCUCCACAGAAUCAACUGGCACAAUGCAAUCCAUGGGAUUUCCAAAUAGGUGGCACCAUGGAGAUCUUGUCCAAGACAAAAAUUCUCCUAAUUUCAAUGUUACCAUGCAAGAUUCAAUGGACAAGAACUCAAAUCAAAAUAUGUCUCCAAGAAAUCUGAACUCUGAAGUAAUGAAAGAAAAAAAUAUAACCACCAUUCCACCAGUAAUGGAAGAGAAACCUGUUCAUCUAACAGCUGUGCAGAAAGUAAAAGUUACAAAAGUUCAAAAAGCUAUGGCUCCUCGAAAGAUUGAUGAACUACCGACAAGAAGAAGUGGAAAUCCUCACAACUUGGCAAGCCCACUGAAACAUCAGACUUCCAUGUUGCAAGAAGUGAAGCAGAAAAGGCAUAACAGACUUGGUCAAUCCAAGGAAGAAGAGCGAGUCAGAUCCAACAGGUCCAAAGAAGCAGAGGCAGGCAUUAAAAAAUCCAACAAAUCAGUAUCAAGCACACGACAACCAAACAUGGUGGAAGAACUACAAAGUCAACCUGAACAAGCUUCCAACUUGUGCAUUCCUCCUACAGAUGAUAAAUGCCAAAGCCUAAAAGGACCAGAAAUCCUAGCUCCAAAUGAAAAUUCAUCUUCGGUGAUAAAUGAUCAACAAGGUUAUGACCCUGAUUUUGGCAUAGGCAAACACAAAUCUCAUAGCAUUGUAUUGGAUCCACUUAAUCGAACUCAUGAAGGCAAGAUAGUUAUAAGUUACCCCCAACAAUUGGAGAAUCAAAAAGUAUCUGAAUUGGAAACUCUAGAGCCGCUAACAGAAAGUGAAAAUCACCUCAAGCAUAUCCUGAUAAAAAGUCAACUAUUUCUUAAUACAGCAGAAGCACUUUUCAAACUCAAUAUUCCUCCUGACAUUCUUCAUGCUGGUGGUCAUGAUUGUCAUGAUGAAGAGAGCAAGCUCAUAUUAGACUGUGGCUAUGAAGUAAUGAAAAGAAAAGGGAAAAGGCAAGAGCUCGAUGUUCAUCCUUUCAUGAGGAUUUCUAUCACUUCUCUUAAGAUAAGAUCCUUGUAUGACUUGAUUAAGCAGUUGCAUAAAGAUUUUGAGAAGUUAAAAUAUAAAGCGGAAUGCAUUAUUGAAGAUUACCUCCCCAAAAUGCUCGAGCUUGAUGUCUACAACAGGGAUCUAGAUGUGAAUUGUAUGUGGGACUUCGGCUGGCAUGAGAUGAUGUUCACAUUUCUCGAAAAAGAUGAUGUUAUAAGGGAUGUGGAGAGGCAUGUGCUCAAUGCACUCCUUGAUGAGGUUACCAGAGAUCUUGUGCUAUUAUUUUGGUUACAUUGAAGAAUAUAAUACUAUGCAAUAUAUAUAUAUAUAUAUAUAUAUAUAUAUAUAUAUAUAUAUAUAAAGUUGGCUUUACAUUCUGUUGCACAUCUAAACAAGAAUUUUUUUCAUCCAAGGUAACUUGAAUUUUACUGUUUAUUUUUUGCUAAACUGUAAUGCUUAUUGUAGAUUUUCUAUAAGUGAAGUUCAAUCAGCUGAUUGUCCAAA